CACAAAUCAGGAUUUAGAAUCCGUUUCUCUGAUCUUUGAAAGAUCAGCCAUGGGACAGAAGAGAUUAUUUUUCCUCGUUGUACUAGUUUCUUUAUUUUCCUUUUGCUGCAUUUCCUGGAUAGGAAGAGGGAAGACUAAUUACUUCAGAAUCACAAAACAGACAAGAAAACAUCAACAGAAGUUUAAUUCACCAGAAUGUAUGGAGCUGAGCAAAAUCCUUACUCUUAAACCCAAUAGGUUUUCUGAGGAUGAUUUUAUCAAACUCUUCAAGAAAAUUCAGAAUUGCGGAUGGAUAAAAAAUCCUGAAGAGCACAGAAAGAUCAGAUCACAGCUGGAGAAAUGCUGCAAUGCAUCUCAAAAUUUUAUUAUUACACAAGUCAAUACACCACUGAGUACAAGCAUCAAUUAUGAAGCACAACCCAAAAAAACUGUUGAAGUUACUAAAGAUAUCUUUAACCUGCUUCCAAAGACAGAUCCUUUUAAAUAUCACACACUUAAACGUUGCUCAGUUGUUGGAAAUGCAGGAGUUCUAACAAACAGCAGCUGUGGAGCAGAAAUAAAUGAGGCUGACUUUGUAUUCAGAUGCAAUAUUCCACCAAUCAUGGAUUAUAAGGAUGACGUGGGAACUAAAACAGAUAUGGUGACAUUAAACCCAAGUAUUCUUAGACAGAGAUAUCAAAAUCUGAAUUCAAGGCGAAAGCCAUUUAUGGACCAUGUAUCCGUCUAUGAAAAUGCAUUGAUCCUGCUGCCUGCAUUUUCUUAUUCGUACGAUACUUCAAAUUCAUUCAAAGUUUCCUUCACCCUGCAAGACUUCGGAGCAAAACAACAGGCAAUAUUUUUAAAUCUAUCGUACAUGAAAUCUGUUUCUCAGUUCUGGAUAGAUAAUGGUAUAAACGAGAAUCGUCUUUCUAGUGGUUUCCUAAUAUUAAGUGCAGCAUUGGAGAUGUGCGAUGAAGUUCAGUUAUAUGGGUUCUGGCCCUUCUCCAAAGACAUGCACGGAAAUCAGUUCUUCCAUCAUUACUAUGAUAACAUCUUGCCAAAGAAAGUUCACUCAUUUGCUAAUGAAUUUUACAAACUGCUGCUGCUUCACGUGAAAGGGAUUGUGAAAGUGCAAGCUGAACAAUGUGAGAAAUCUAGGAAUUCUCCAGGAAUUUUUCUUUAA